AUGGACUCGGGAGCAGCAUCAUCGCCCACGCUGGCGGCACGAAACCGCUCUCGCGGAGCAUCUCCCGCAUCAGACGAAUUCGGAUACGGCAACCGUGGCUCCAUCCAGACAUCAAAUACUACAUCUAUUCAUAAAUCACUUUCAACCCUUCUUGAUAAUGAGAAGUUCUCAGACAUGAUCAUCAUCUGCGGCGGACGACAGUUCAAGGCCCAUCGCGCGAUUGUGUGCACGCAAUCAUCUAUCAUUGAUAGAGCCAUGACCAGCAACUUCAAGGAAGCCACGUUACGGUCUAUUGAGCUCGAGAAAGAUGAUCCUAAUAUCGUGGAGCGGUUGCUCGAGUUCUUAUACACCGGGACCUACAGUGACGGCGUGACGUGCGGCAACCAAGAAACGGAUACUAAGUCUUCCGUGCAAGGAUCUGAGCAGGAAGUCUCCGGCGAUGAGGAACAGAACACUCCCCCAGACAACGAUGUUGCAGCUGGCGACGAGAACAACGAGCUCCCUAUGGAGACCGAUGGACCAGCAGUCCACCAUCAAUCAGAAGGAUCCAAGCGACACGCUGAUCCAAGCGAUGACAUGACACUACAUCUCCGACUCUACCUCAUUGCAGUUAAGUACAAGGUCCCUGCGCUUCAAACUCUAGCGCUUGAUCGAUUUUGCCAUGCCGUAGAGCUCGUUUGGAAAGACGCCGAGCGCUUCCCUGCCAUGGUUGAUGAGUUGUAUGAUACUAUGCCCCCGAGAGGCGCUGUGUUGAAAGAAACUCUGUGCAGGCUUGUUGGGACUGCGAUACAUGACCAAAAGGUCAGACGCAAGCUGAAGGCUGUCUUUGAAAAGCAUGGGGAGUUUGCUUUUGGAGUCAUGGACUAUGCUAUUAAGUUUGGUCCUGGUCAGAUGACUGAGAUGGCAUGA